UUUGUAGUCACGGAAGUCAGAUGGUUGCUAAAAAAACGCACAUAGUGUGCACAACAUUGGGGUCUUGGUUUUUUGCAUCUAUGCUCUGUAUUGCCUUAGUUUUGUGUUAUACAAGCGGUCUUAAAAACCAGCACGCGUGCACAUGUAUUCAAUGCACGAGCUAGCCGAUUAGCUAGCUUGAACUUCACCAAACCAGACAACAACUUCUGUAAAACAGGUCUAAACGAACCGAUUGGCAUAAUAUGAUGAAAAUAAUUUUGUAGAAAUGUAAUUUCAUGCGAAUAACUUUGCUUGACCGAUAACACUAGUAAACAGCUGUAGCUGGACAGGCUAAUAGUUUGGCUUGGUGAAGAAUGGCUGGCACGGUAUUGGGCGUGGGCACUGGAGUUUUCCUCGUUGUCCUUUGCUGGAUUAUAGCUCUCGUCCUGACCAUGAUCCUCCUGAGAGCUACUGGACCAACUAAGUUAGGGGUCAUCCCUGUCUUCUUGUUGGCUCUAGUAGCCACUCUUAUCCUGGUGUUCUUCCCCCGCAGCUCAGAGGCCCUGUCACCAUUCAAAGACAUGGAGAUCGUGGACACUUUCUUCAUUGGUCGAUACGUCCUGCUGUCGGUGGCCAGCGUGGGUUUCCUGGUUGCUCUGUUCGGCCUGCUGCCCCUGCAUUUUCUGGAAGCCGUCUAUGCCAAACCCUUGAAAACACACUAGUGUGGAGUGGCCAGGCCAAAUUGGCCCACUAGACUGGUGGCUAAGGCCCAAUGUGCAGUGCUGGAUAUGAGAAGAGGCCAACUAAGAGGGUCCUAGUGAAAUGGAGCGCAGGACUGGUUGGCAUCUGGGCCAAAACACAGGCAGGGCCAAUGUUUUCUGUGGGCAACACUUGUUUGUUGUUGCAGGGAGUCUGGGGCCAACCAAAAUUAAAGGAAUAAGUCACCCUCUUAUAGGUGCCAUUUUUGGAUGUUUUGUAGUCAUGCCAGUCAUACCAUGUUGUUUUCAUUUAAAUGGUUGGUGAGCGCUUAUAUUAACAGAAAAUAUUUAUCGUUAGGUUCAGAGGAUGAAUUAAAGUUUUUCUAAUGUGUUUUACUCAACUUUUAUUUCUACUGCAAAUGAAUAUUUGCACAGUACAGUGUUGGGAAUCUUACUUUCUUAAAAGGUUCCUGAUGCUAAAUAUGCUAAAAAAAAAGUAAAAUAAUAAUAUGAAAAUAAAUACUUUUCAUUAAAUUAUCCAGCAUCAAAAUGCAAUAAAUAAAGAUUGGAGGGCAAGUUCUUCUGUUGCAGAACCCAGCAUGAAUAUGCAUUAAACAUGUUGUCUUCCUCGUUUAGAUGUCACUGGGUGGGGUUUUAAUUCAUUGGGCUUAACUAAGAUAUCAUAUUUGAUAACAUUCGUCAUAGCUGUCUGAUUCCUGAAGUCUCUCAAGUCAGUCAAGCUAAUUGAAUGAAGACGGAGCUGUCAGUAGCCCCCUUGCGUAUUUAUAUGGAGUGUGUUAACUUCAGGUGCCUUCUGUGCUCUGUCACAUUUGCUGUCAUUUAAACCAGAUUGCAUCUACACUCAACUACAGUGGUGAAAGAUCAUCUCAAAAACCCAUCGAUAAAACUGUUCUGAUCUCAUGCAAUUUCGGUCUCUGAUAAAACUGCGUAAUUGCUUA